AUGCCAAGGAGGGGUCGGUAUUUGAAAUCAAAUGGCAACGGAGCGGUGACCAGGCAACACGAGCUGUCCCUCCCCUCGGGUCAACUGACGGCCAACGGCUCUCGGUUUCAAAUUCUACGCAUUUACUCACCCAGCCGCCGCGAGAAGAGCCGCCGCUCCAUUGACAGACAGGUAGGAAAGAACGGCCGCCGCCGCCGCUGCUCAGCCGGCUGUGCGUCUCCCGCCUCUACAGAAGGCGCGCUGCGAUUGGCCAGAGCUGCCGCAACCCACCCAAUGGUAGGAAGAGGCUGGGCUCGCUCGCUUCCCCCCGUCCCGCUCAGUCGCCGUCAGUAA